UGAUGACGAGAUGAAGCCGAGGCUUCGGAGCGUGUGUCGAGUAAUCGCCGAAGCUUUCUGUGAAGCCUGUGUCGAGGCUUGUAUCAUUUGGGGGCCAGUGACGUCAUCGAUGACAAACGAAGCCUCGUUUGUCGAUACCACGUGACUGCUUCAGGAAGCGAUUCAGAUCUUGGCGCGAGCUUCUGACAGAUAAAAAGCCAUGGGAUUCGAUUCAAGAUGUGUGAUCCUUGUGAGAGGAAAACACUUGUCGUUUUGCCAGUUUUGGUUGUACGAUAUUUUUGCUACUUGCAAAGUUAGAAUGGAGCCAGCUAAGAAGAGAAAGACUUCCCCUAUGUGGGAAUACUUUGAUCAGAUUUCACACAAUAAGGUGAAGUGUUUAUUGUGCUCCAGGGAACUGGGGUACAGUAACAAUACUUCAUCCAUGCUAAGGCAUUAUCGUGCCAUGCAUGAGAUGAAGGAGGGACAUGCAGGUGAUGCAGGUGGACCUGCUCAAGGUACCAGGCCUACCAGAAAACAGGAUCUGGAUGAGGCCUUGGUCAACCUGAUUGUGAAGGAUACACAGCCAUUCAGUGUUGUGGAGGAUGUGGGAUUCAGGGCAUUUGUGGCCUUAUUGGAUCCAAACUAUGUCAUCCCCAAGCGACAGGCUGUUAAGGCUAUGGUGGAGGCCAAGUAUGCUCUAGAAAGGAGCAAGGCCAUAGCUGACAUGCAGAAGGUGGUUGCAGUGAGCUUGACCUCUGGCAAGUUAAACCCUUGUUCUUUUCCAGUUUUCGAACAUAUAUUGCUUCUUUUGUCUUUAUAGAAGGCAGCAGACAUUUACAUUUAUUUAUGUAUAGAUGUAACAACAAGAUACUAUAUUGACACAUUGUUUUUAUUAUUAUAUACAGUCAUUUUAAAACACUUACUGGUGUAAAAUUCUGUUCAUACAGGAUGACAAAUACAUUUGACAUCUUUUACCUUUUUGUAUCAUUAUUUCCAGUAUUUUUAGUAUGUCAAAGAUUACAAAUAAUAUGUGGCUGUUUUACACCUGUUCACCAACAGGGGGUCUUGUGAGCACAUGAAGCCCAUGAUGAAGCUUCAUGAGAUGAACCUUUUAGCGAACCGAUUUGCUGGAAAGCUUCAAAGCUUCAUGAGGCUUCAUCUCGUCA